UGACAUUCCAGGGCACUCCUUUAGGACUGCAACACCUACAGCAAUUUGCAGCGGUAUCCUAGCACCUUUUAGUUUACACAAGGAACCACUUGACUUACUUUUGCGGUGUGAGACUUUGUCACCAUGCCGAAGGCGGACCGGAACGCGCGGCAACAGCCGCUUAAGGAAGUAGGUCCAGUAGCUAUGGAGGCAGACGAGGCAGCCGUCGAGCCGCUGCCUGAUAAGCCCAAAUUUGCUCCACUAGCCAACGGCGACAAGCAAGCUGGCGGCGACGCCAAAGUGGAGUUCCGGCGCGUUCCAGUGCCGCAGCAUCGUAUGACUCCUCUCAAAACUGCUUGGAUGGAGCUCUACAAACCCAUUACGGAUAACCUCAAGCUUGACAUGCGCAUGAACCUAAAGACGAAGAAGGUGGAAAUUAAGACCACGCCCCAGACGACGUCCUCGGACGCCCUACAAAAAGCUGCCGACUUCGUGCACGCAUACCUGCUCGGUUUUGAAAUCCGCGACGCCAUCGCGCUGCUGCGUCUGGACGACUUGUACGUGGAGUGCUUUGAGAUUAAGGACGUGAAGACGCUGCGAGGAGAGCACCUUUCGCGCUGCAUCGGCCGUCUAGCCGGCAAGGACGGCAAGACCAAGUUCACGAUAGAGAAUGCCACCCGCACCCGCAUCGUGCUCGCGGACACCCGCAUUCACAUCCUGGGCUCCUUCCAGAACAUCCGGGUGGCGCGUGACGCGCUCUGCGCGCUCAUCCUAGGCUCGCCGGCAUCAAAGGUGUACUCCAAGCUGCGCUCCACAUGUGCCCGGCUGAACGACAGCUGAGCGACCCGCCGAGUCGUCGGACUGACCCGUGGGUCGCCGUGCUGGCCCAUGUGUCGAUGCGAGCGGGUCGGUUGCGAGGGAGCGUGUGCAAUACACAGCAACUACUAAGCGCGCAGCUGCUGCUCUCCCGUGGCCGUGUGGGGCCUGGGGAAGGGGGCGUGGUAUGCGUGCGUGAGGUUGCUAGCUUGGGGGUUGGGGUGGCAGGCGGGUUGUGAUUCUGGGGGCUUGUUUUGGUUGGUGAAAGCUACGGCUUGAGGAAGGAGUGAGGAUUGAAUGAAUAGACCAGUUUGUCGAGUAGGUAGGUGUUGGUAGGACGAAGGGCACAGUGCUACCGAGCAGCAGCUGGAAAGAGGGGAUCAGCGGGUGUUGUGCUUUAGUAGGACCAUCAGAGGCUUAGUGAGACAUAGGCCCAGUCGUUCGGCUGCUUUUACAUGUACCAUUAGAUGACUUCCAAAGCAAAUUACUGAGCAUGAAACGAAUGAGAUGAGAGCUGUUGUGAGCGUUGUGGUGUUUUGCGCUGUGAAAACAAUGCAGCACUGGUGGGUACCGUAUUCGGGCUGGCAGGUGCGCAAUGACCCUGCCCGCUUUGCAGGGGACUUACAGACAAGGAGUUGGGAAUGGUGGCCAUUCGAUAGGAGGAGUUUAGGUGGGAAUCUUUUAGGCCCCUGCACUCGUUUAGCGUUGGUUGUGUAUUUGGCGCUCUCGUGCGCCGCUUCGCUCCAGGGCAGUCCCGGCGUUUGCGUUUACCGGUAUCUAACUGGCAUUGGCGCCUUCCGAUUACGCUAUUUAGCGGCAGCGGAGCAAGGCCUCCUGCGUUUGGUGUGCGCAGGUUAGGUCCGUCUCCGUUUGCAAAGGGGCGAUGACUCACGGGGAUGGCGCUAGUACGACUUGAAUUUAGUAUGCCCGACUCUUCCUUGCCAAACAUAGGUAUAAAUCAUUUAUCGACAAGUUAAGGCAUUUUCCUUGUCAACCUGGCUUGCUAUAAUUGCAGCAACAACACGU